AUGGUAAUAGGUGAUUUUAAUUCAGCUCUGAAUGUAGAGGAUAGAAUAGGAGGAAAUGAAGUGACAUGGGCUGAAGUGGUGGAUUUCUAUAAUUGUGUAGUGGAAUGUGGAUUGAUGGAACUACCUACACAAGGAAAUAGAUACACUUGGAGUGAUAAACAAGAAGAACACAGAAUAUUCUCAAAAAUUGAUUGGAUCUUCAUUAAUGAGCAGUGGUUUGAUACCAUGCCAGAAUGCAAUGCAAGAUUUUUGACAGAAGGAAUUAGUGAUCAUUAUCCUUCAAAGGUGACUUUUACAGAGGAGAGGCAGAGGAGUAGGACAUCCUUUCAAUUUUGUAAUGUGUGGACACAACAUCCACAAUUCAUGAGAAUAGUCAAAGAAGGUUGGAACUAUAAUGUGGAAAGAUGCAAAAUGUUUGCAGUGCUUAAAAGACUGAAGAUGUUAAAGAGGGGAUUGAAAACUCUAAACACACAGGCUUUUCAUAACAUAGUGACUGAAGUAAAUGAGUAUAGGAACACACUGAAACAUAUCCAAAUUCAACUGCAGCGAUGUCCUACUAAUAUGGAAUACCAACAAGCUGAAGUUAGUGCAUACCAAAAGUUCAGGCAGUCAACUUACCUAGCUGAAGUGGAGGAAGAAACUGAAAGGGUGAGAGCUUUUAAUAGUAUAAUCAGAAAUGGGAACAGGCUAUCAGAAGCUCAGCAACAAGAAAUAAUGCAACCUUUUUUGGAAAGAGAAGUAAAGCAGGCUAUGUUUCAGAUUGAUAAUAAUAAGAGUCCUGGUCCUGAAAGAUUUGGGAGUGGAUUUUACAAAGCAGCAUGGUCAAUAGUGGGAAGAGAUAUCACUGAAGCAGUCCUGGAGUUUUUUCAGAAUGGCAACAUGCUCAGCAAAUAA